AUGGCUCAAGCAACAAGCCAGGAAGGUCCGGAGCUCGUCGUCGACGCCCACGUGAAGUAUGUUCAAAGUCUGGACACAAGAAAGGAUGAGCUAGACUACUGGCUUACCGAGCACUUGCGACUUAACGGUCUGUACUGGGGUUUGAAUGCGCUCUACCUGCUUCGCCGACCAGAUGCACUCCCACGACAGGAUGUUAUCGAUUUUAUUCUCUCUUGUCAGCAUGAAAGCGGCGGAUUCGGUGCAGCUCCCGGUCACGAUGCCCAUAUGCUAUCCACAGUAAGUGCUGUGCAGAUUCUCGCCAUGACGGAUGCUUUCGACCAGCUGGAAACCAAAGGCAAGGGCAAUGGCAAGGAUCAGGUUGGCAAGUUUAUCGCAGGCCUGCAGAACCGAGAGACUGGUACAUUUACUGGAGAUGAAUGGGGCGAGGAAGACACUCGCUUCCUGUAUGGCGCUUUAAAUGCUCUCUCACUUCUCGGCCUUAUGUCUCUGAUUGACGUCGACAAAGCUGUUGCCCACAUCACUGCCUGCGCCAACUUUGAUGGUGGUUAUGGGACCAGUCCCGGUGCGGAGUCGCAUUCGGGUCAAAUAUUUACCUGCGUUGCAGCGCUGGCGAUCGUUGGCCGUCUUGAUCUUGUCGACAAAGAGAAACUUGGUCGGUGGUUGAGCGAGAGGCAAGUCCCUUGUGGUGGACUAAAUGGUCGUCCUGAAAAGGAUGAAGACGUUUGCUACAGUUGGUGGGUCUUGAGUAGCCUCGCGAUCAUCGAACGCACUCACUGGAUCGACCGCGAUGCACUGAUUGCCUUCAUCCUGAAAUGUCAAGAUACUGAAAUGGGUGGCAUUUCUGAUCGACCUGGUAACAUGGUUGAUGUUUGGCACACGCAAUUUGGUCUGUGCGGUCUGAGUCUUCUGGGUUAUCCGGAUCUUGAGGCCGUUGACCCAGUCUAUUGCAUGCCAAAGGUGAUAACGAAGAAGCUUCUUGGCUGA